UGGGCCUGUGGUAGGGUUCUCCGUGGGGAAACUGAGGCAGAGGUCGAGCCUGACCUGAAGCCCCAGACCUAUUGUGGUUGGGCAGAGGGAGGGCCAGGAGCUGGGCGAGCCCGGAAGAGCGGAGCAGGGCGGGCUUCCCCGGAGCAGGUCCGCGACGGGGAUGGGCUCCAAGGCCAAGAAGCGCGUGGUGCUGCCCACUCGCCCAGCGCCUCCUACGGUGGAGCAGAUCCUGGAAGACGUUCAGAGGGCGCAGGCGAAGGACCCGGUCUUCACUGCCCUGGCAGCUGAAGACCCCCCAGGUCCCUCCAGGAGUACAGAGGACUCCAAGGCCCAGUGGAAGGAGCUCUACCAGCAGAGCUGGGCCUACGUGGCGAUGAACCAGCAGCUUCAGCGGGCAGGCAAUGGGCUAAGGCAGAAGUGUGAGCACCUUCGGAGAGCCGGCGAGGAUCUGGAGCGGGAGGUUGAGCAGGUGAAGCAGGCAGCACUGCUGGAGACGGCAACUGCUGCCUCAGUCUGACCUCUCAGCUGCCUACCCCGGGCCUCCCCACUGGAGACCUGCAUGCCCAUUGGCUCCAAGCUGGCACUUCACAUAGGUCCCCAGCACCCACGCUUGCCUCUGUCACACUGAGCUCGUGUGACUGCCCAGCUGGCACCAUCAUCCAUAUGCUCCACUGGAUGGGGAGGACUCCUGCUCUGCCUUGAUUCUGUCCCUCCUCUGCUCACAGUGGCAGCAGCCCUAAUAGGAGAUAGGAUCUCUAAGAACAGUUGCUACCUCCUUCCUAUCUCAGGGCGCAGGCAUUUAUCUGUCUGUCCACCUGUGAGUCCUGAUGAGUUGUGGCACUGACUUAUUAACUGUCACAUGGGUGCCCACCCAGUGUCAGGACCACCUGAAAACCGGCAUCAGCCUUUGCUCUCACUUCCUUUCACUUUCAGGGCUCCUACAUUUAUCUUCUCAAUGACCUUUGGGCUGCUGGGGUCACUGUCGCCACUGCCUUUGAGACCCUGCUAGGCUUACCUUCAGCCAUUGGCUGACAGGCGGCUCAUUAGUCACUGCCCAGAGCUGGCUGUGGUCAUCCAGGUCUUGCUGCUGCCCACCCAUGUGGGAGCAGCUCCAGGGCCUGCUGGAAUGCAGGUUCUGCCCCUGGGGCAGAUGGAAAUUCAGGAGGCAAAGGGACUUGAAAAGGGCCUUUCAUGGUAAAAGUCAAAUUAGACACUAACUAGAGACAUGUGGGUCAUGAGAGAAGUGGUUGGGAAGCCCCCAGGAUACCCCCAGGUCCUGCAAGUAAAAUCUACCUGUGUCCAGCAGGUCUGAGUGGUGCCGCUCCUGGAGGGUUGGGAGGGGAUGAUCAAGGCCCAGGAACAGAACCCUGGCCCAGGUGAACGCAAGGGCCCUACUGGGUCCUAUCCAGGAACUGUAUGUGGAAGAGCACCCAUUGGACCUACGAGCCCGAGCCUGGGGCCUGCUCUUCUCAGACCCAUAGAUGAUUCUGGAAUGUGGAAGAUAUUUCUUUUUCCUCUAUCGGCCUGAACCAGCCUGAACUUUUGGGGGCUUCACAUUGGUCACAACCUGGAAGAGCUUUGCUUACCUUGCUGGAGUCAAACCCUCAGGUGCUGUUGAAGGUCCUUGCCAGGGACUGAUAGCUCCUGGCCCAGAUCUCAUGGCCCAACCCCUGGCAUUCCCUCCCCUACUUUGCUUCUUGCAGAGCUGUGCCAGGGUUGUGCUACCUGGAAGUGACUCUGAUGUGGGUCCCUCCAGCUCCCCAGCCCCUGUGUACCUCUUGGCUAUGGUGCCAGUGGCAGGUGCUGCAUCUGCCUUGUCCUCAACUCCAAAUGGCUUACAGGUGCCCUCCUGCCUACAGCCAAGUACUGAUUGCCAGGUACAAACAUCCAGGUGUGGCUGCCUGGCUUUGGGAUGCUCUCUACCCUCAGAAGCUUUCCAGGGUGCCAGGCAGACUAUCCUGCCAGCUUCACCCAGCUGCUCCCCUGCUCAUCCAUUGUGCCCUCAAAUAAACCUCAGGCCUGGAUCUUGCCUGCAUCUUUCAA